UCUCUUUGGUGCCGGUCGGUAGGCUGUACAUGGUCGUUACCCAAAUUCCGCGAAACUUUGCCGAAGUUAAGGGAUGUGACAGGAAAUAACGUUAUUUGAAAAUAAUUGUGUGGUAUACUGUGUUAAAACGUUGUUUUUUAUUUGUGACUAAUAAAAGUGUUAGGUCGGAGUGGUACUGUGAGUGUGAUUGUGGUCACAGGUGUCGCAUUCCAGGGGGGACGCCGACGCAGCCUCUGUACCCAUACAGUAGGCAGGUGGACCGCUAGACAGCCCUAUUUUACUCAUUCAGAUUCAUUCAUGAGGUCGAACGCCGAACGACUUUUAGAUUCACGAGGAGGCAGAAUAAUUUGAGUAAUGCGAACACUUCGGUGUAAUAAUUUCUGCUGAGAUGGCGCGGUGGAGAGCGCUCCAGCAUGGACGAUCAACGGCUUGCCUUGUGUUCUUCUGCUUACUGCAAGUGGCGAGGGCAACGCCCGGUCCAUGUGAAGUGGAAACGGGCCAGUCUAGCAUAAUAGUUGAUAUAGAAGAAAGUAGAGGAGAUCAGGUGAACCAAAGCACAGUGCCGGCUGAUCUGCCAAUAGUCGGCGAACCAGGUGUGGACGUGGUGUUGUCCACGGUAUUCCCCAAGGGCCCCACGCUCUUCCAGCUUGAUGGAAAGAGGUUGCAGCUGUUGCAACCUCUUGAUAGGGAUGCUGAUAAUUUGUCGCAUAUGGUAUUCCAGCUGGUCUGUCAGGUGAACGCGACGAAGAAGAGACGGACUAUACCGGUGAUAGUGAGAGUAUCGGACAUCAAUGACAAUGCGCCGGUAUUCAAAGGGAUGCCAUAUGAAACUACUGUUUCUGAGUUGGUACCAAUCGGGACAACAAUAUUCGAUGGGAUCAAAGCCGUAGACCUCGAUGCUGGCGUCAAUGGUCUAUCGGAAUACUUUAUAAUACCAGGAGAUAAUAAAACAUUAGAGGCGGCGAAUGCAGUAGAUGGGUAUGGGAGCUUCGCGAUACCUUUGCCUCAUAUGGGGGAGGUCACAGUCAAUAGGAGCUUGGAUUACGAGCGCACGCAGAAGUAUCUAGUCACUAUCCUUGCUUCUGAUCGUGCCCGUGAUACAAAGAAACGUCUGUCCAGCACUACUACGUUAACCGUGGUCGUACAAGAUGAUGAUGACCAGGACCCAUCCUUUAUAUACAAGGGCUGCACGCUGCAUGAAGGAGCUUGCUUUAACCCGGAGUAUACUAGCUAUGUAAACAGCGGAGUUUUAGCAGGCAUCCUAACCAUAGAGCCAGAGAAGAUACAAGCAGUAGACAUGGACACGUUGGACGCAAGGAUCAAAUACACCAUCGACAGUGGGGAACCAGAUUCCUGGAACACUUACUUCGCUAUAGAUCCCAACACUGGCGCUGUGAGGCAACUAGUUGCUGUUGACACUUCUAUUGCUAAGAAGUUCCAGCUAGUUAUUAAGGCCGAAGAAGUGACAGAAGCGCGUCGCUUCACAACAGCGAAGCUCACGAUCACAGUGCGACCGGUAGACGCCAGUCCACCAGUUGUUGAAGUGUCUUCUGAUGAAGGGAAAGUGGAAGAAAAUUCACCCAAAGGCACCAAAGUAUUAGACAAUGAUGGAAAACCGAUUAGAUUAACUGUUUCGGAUCCUGAUUUGGGACCCGGAGAUCCAGUUCCAAAAUACACAUUUGAAUUGACAACAAACUUUUUCGAUAUCGACAAAGAUGGAUAUUUAGUUGUCAGUGAUGAGAAACUCGACCGAGACCCACCCAACCCAGGCAAAUUUAGAUUCCAGGUUGUCGCCCGGGAAGCGAAUGGCGGUGCAGCGUCAGCUCCGACUUCGUUAGCGGUACAAUUGUUAGACCAGAAUGAUAACGCACCUGUGAUACCGAAGACUCAACCGAUUAUUGUACCCGCUAGCUUGGAACCUACUGAAGUGCAUACGGUGGAGGCGAUAGACAUCGAUGAGGGUGAGAACGCACGCAUAACGUACAGCAUAUAUCACGUGUCUAACAAUGGAGGCAACAAGUUCACUAUACACCCUAACACCGGAAUUAUAUCCAGCACAGGUCGUUUACAAGCAGGUGAACAGUACAGCGUAACUGUACGUGCGACUGACGCAAAGGGCCUCAGUUCUCAAGGGAUUGUAGAACUGUCUGUGGCUCCAGGCCCCAAUACAAGACCACCGCAGUUUUCGUCGCGGGAUUACUAUGCUCCCGUCUCUGAAGGCGCUGCUAUAAAUUCUACUGUUACUACUGUUACUGCCAAAGACCCAGAAAACGAGCCAGUGACAUACUCCAUAGCAUCGGGCAAUGACCUCCGGCAGUUUGCUAUUGGUUCAACGACAGGCAUCAUCACAGUCAUCAGAAGCCUGGACAGAGAAGUGCUGACUAGAUAUCAAUUGAUGGUAAGAGCAGAAGAUCCAGGCAGGUUGUCGAGUACAGCGACUGUGAACAUCAAGGUCACUGAUAUCAACGACAACAACCCAAAGUUCGACGAGGAUUCCUACUUGUUCCAUGUUAAAGAAGGUGCCGCCAACGAGUUCGUCGGCUAUGUUCACGCGACCGAUAUAGAUGAAGGAGUAAACGCCAUGGUCAGUUACAGCAUACCAACUCAUCUGCCGUUCAGCAUCGACAAUGGAACUGGAAUGAUCAGUACUAAGACUGAACUAGAUUAUGAAACUACUAAAGAAUACGCUUUCGUAGUAACAGCAACAGACGGAGCGAUAGACAAGCGUCUUGGGACCGCAUCAGUGACCGUACAAGUGACAGAUAUACCUGAUGAACCGCCAGUGUUCAACAAACUAUUAUACUCAGUACAUGUACCCGAAAAUGCUGCUAAUUACCCCGUUGUUAAGGUUCAGGCUGAAGAUCCAGACACAAUAUCAGAAAUAACAUACACAAUUUUAAUGGGAGACAAUGAACUGUUUACAAUAGACCGUAAGUCCGGUAUGAUAAGGACUGCUAAACCUUUGGAUAGGGAGAUAACUGCCAGGCAUCAACUUAUAGUGGGGACUGAAGAAAAUAACGAGGAACAGCCCGGUUCUACAACUACUGUUGAAAUUUUAGUUGAUGAUAAAAACGACAACGCCCCAAUAUUUACCUCAGUAGUCCGUCCAGUUACUAUCGAAGACUCUUCAUCAAUCGGCAGUCUAGUUCAGACAGUAGUGGCAAUGGACGGUGACGCUACUCCACCAAACAAUAGAAUCCGGUACAAACUGGUUGGAAGGGGCAAAGCUUCCAUUUACUUCCACGUCGAACCUGAUACUGGCGCCGUGAGGGUUCGAGAUGACCUGAGGAAGGAGGCUGAUAGUGAAUAUACUGUGGACGUGCAAGCAUACGACCAAGGUGAUCCGGUGAUGUCUUCAGUUUCUAGUUUAACAGUCUACGUUAGCCAUUCAGCUACCGUUCCACCAGAUGUCGGCCUCGGUUUCGCAGACACAGUAUACACGGAACACGUCGCAGAGAAUUCCCCAAACGGCACACUAGUCAGGAUCCUUCCUCUACUGAACAAACGGGAACAUUCUCCCGACACACCGCUCAAGUGUCGACUCACGGAGUCGUCGCAGAAAGGAGUGUUCUACGUAAAACUAACAGAAGAACGAGACUGCGCAAUCUACCUCAACACAAGUUCCUUAGACUUUGAGACUCUAGCUGAGUAUUCUUUGGAAGUCCAACUAGAAUCUAUACAGGGUCUAAUAAACCCAGAGAAUAGUAAGGCAACGAUUAAAGUCCAUAUAACCGAUGCGAAUGACAACGAACCCGUGUUUGUGUUCCCUGAACAAAGCACUAUAGCUACGGCGAAAGGAAAGUACUAUGCUAUUGUGAACAAGGAUAUGUUGCUCGGUACCCGGUUUUUGCAAGUUAAGGCCAAAGACAAAGACAGCGGUGACUUCGGCAAAAUAGUAUACCACAAGAAUUCCUGGACUAAAGCUGCAGAAGAGUACUUCAGUUUGGACGAGGAUACAGGCGAAAUAAGCAAUAUAAAGACGUUCGAGAAUGUUCCUAAAGAUGUACUGCCGUUCAAGUUCAGUGUGACGGCACGAGACAACCCUAAUUCUGCACAGGAUUAUAAAAUUGCUCGAGUUUCAGUUGUGAUAAACCUUUUACAACCAGAUAACCAAUUAGUAGUUGAAGUUGCGGACCAGAAUGCUGAAGCCAUGCGUCGCAAAUCUCGAAGCUUGCUCACUGCUAUCGAAGAGAAGACUGGACUAGUCGCUGGAUUAGAGAAACUGACUGCCAGACAUUAUUUAGGAGAGAAUGGAACUCUUGAGAGUGAUCCGAAGGGAACUGAUGUAUGGUUGUACCUUUUGGAUCCUGUCUCUGGAGAGAUUUUGAGCAGAGAAUCUAAGCCAGUGAAGAAAGCUGUAGACGAAGGCAUGCACAAGGCAGUAGCGAGCAGCCUGCAGUCGCAGGUGUCCCCGGCGCGCGGCCCGCUGGCGCCGACGGAGGCCCCGCGCCGGCCGCAGGUGGCCGCCGCGCCGCUCGCCACCGCGCUGCCCGCCGCACUCAUCGCACUCGCCGCCGUCGUACUCGUCGCCGCUAUCGCCGCUACCAUCUAUAUUUGUGCUUCUUGGAAUAGAUACAAAAAGCACAAAGAACAAGCGAUACAGCAAUACGGCACGCUAAGUAUGAGCAUGCCAACACCGCGGCCAGCGUCGGGCUACGAGUCCAGCGAGGACGAGCCGGCGCCGCGGUAUGAGACACAGGUAAAUAAACGAGUUUUAAACAUGGCGGUUGAUGAUGCUGACUUGCAGUUAGACUUCAGUCCAAACAACCAUGCAUUCAAUAUACACAGUGUCCAAUAUAUGUCCAAAGAAAACGGUGAACGUAGUCCAACGCUCUCGGAGACAGCGACUACAGCGCGCGCAUCCAGUGUCAACGAGAAUGGAGGAACACUGAACAACAUGCACAGUAGUCAGGUGUUCGAGCCAAUAGCCAACAACUCGGCACUAAGUCGUAAUACGCAAACGUUAAACCGUCGCGCGGUGUCCGGCCCGCACCCGCUCAACAACGCACUCGGCACGCUGCCGCGCGUCAACAACAACCACGCCCCCACCGGCCUACUGGCCACGACACUAGGACGGAAGAUCAACGGUGGGAACAACCAUAAGAAGAAAUCUACGCAACCUAUCAUGGCGUACGAUGAGAUACCUGGGUUACAAAGAUUCUUUUAUUCCAGGGCAUCAGACAACGAUAAUGUAACGUUCGGUAAGAGGAACUUUACCGGAUACAACUACGACCAGUCGCCAGUGGAAACUACCACGGAAUUAUAAACCUUAACUCGAAAGGCAUAGUGAUAACAUUUCCUUUUUCCAAGUGUUAACAAACAAACAAAAGUGACCUUAAAGUGAAAUAAAGUGAAUUCCGUCCGAAGAAAUUUUAAUAUUUUCUUUUGGAAAUGUGUAACGUUUGUGUUCAACGAAUAUAAAUAAUUAUCUUCGCGUUAAAAAUACGACUGAACUCUCGAAAUAAUAUAAUAAAUUUUAUAAUGUGAAUAACGAAUUUUUAGAUAAUUAUAUUUUUGUACUUAAUUAAAUGAUAAUUGUAAUUUCUUAGCCAAGGCUAGUCCCUGUUUUUAUAAACAAAAUGUGCAUAAUAAAUAUGUAAAUAUGGCAUUACACGGUGAUGUAUAUUUUAAGGUACCUGAAUUGUAAAUGCAGGUACAAAGACUACUGUACUUUACUAUUUUUGUAAAUCUAUUUUUACGCGUCUCUGGCAAAGUGCCAUCUAUACUUUCAUACAUUUAUUUCGUAAAUACCGUUUAUAUUGGAACCAAUGUUUGUUCUGCUACUUUUGUAAACAAACUGACUGCCUUAUGAGACCAAACGUUGGAUCCAAUGUUGGCGCCAGAUAUUUUUUAAUUAGGUAUAACUUUUAUCGGAAGUUUUAAAUUUCAUUCUUAAGAACAAAUCUUUCUACUUCUUUACAUAUUCUUUACGAAUUUUGUGCCAGUUACUGUUAAAAAGUUAUUAUAAGGGUUUACUAUUUGUCUUUACUUGCGCCUGACUAGUCGCUGAAACGCGAACUUUCUCUUAUUUGUUUUUAAUGAGAAAAGGAACAUUUUUAACCCAUGAACGUGCAUAGGGCGGCGUAGACAUUUAAAAAUAAAAUAAAGUUAGCAUAAUAAAUUAAAAUGCUCAGUUUUUUUAUGGAUAUUUUUUUAUUAAUUUUUGAAUCUGGCUUGUUUAUGUGAUUUGUGCCAAAUCGAUACUAACCAAUUCUUAUUUAUUCUGUAUUGGAGAGUAAAAUGUUACCUAAUGUAGUGUCACUUGUAUAUCUUGUAAAAUAAUUAAAUGUUUAUUUUGAUUGUGAAGAAUAAAUUGUAUCAUAAUU